UUGCUUACGAGAUUGAUGCGUUCAUUUCUGCUUACCUGAAGCCAUGCUUAAAUCCGUGAAAUUUUGUGUAAGGUUUUGGCCUUAACGAAGUCCUCGAAAGUAGCAGCCAAGUAUCAUGCGGACAUGACUGCCCUCAUAUGAUCAUACCAUGAUCUGCACAUACCAAUGGAUAACCAUGUCAACAGAACAUGAUAAAGCAGUUCUCAACAGUAUUUUAGACCCAACUCUACCACUGGGUGAUGUUUCCAACUUUGAUUCACUUCCUUCAGAGAUAUCAGCCAUUGAGCUAGAUGGUCCAGCCGAGAGCGACUCGCCCGAAAGUCAGCGCUCGCGCGAAUUGGAGCUGCAGGCGGUGAGGACCGCUGAGGAGGGGGACCAGGAGGCCGCGCUACGCCUGCUUACUGAGGCCGUCACGCUGGCGCCCCAGCGCGCCUCGCCCUAUAACAACCGCGCCCAGCUGCUGCGUCUCAUGCACCGCAACAACGAGGCGAUGGGUGACGCCGAGCGGGCGGUGGAGCUGAGUGAGGCGCGCGGCCUGGCCGGCCGCCAGGCGCUCUGCCAGCGUGCCCAGCUGCACCAGCUGGCCGGACAGCAGGAGCUGGCGCUUGACGACUACCGGCGCGCCGCGCAGCUCGGCAGCCAGUUCGCCAAAACUCAGCUGGUGGCCCUCAACCCGUACGCCGCACUUUGCAACCGCAUGUUGAGCGAGGUGAUGAGCAAGCUGCGCGAGGGCGAGGUUAGCGGCCCGAAGACAUGAGGGGGCGAGGCAUCACCGACACGUAGAGCCGCUUGAUGCCGCCACAAGCCGCGGCGGUACACGAGCUGUAGUGAAGGGGCGCAAAUAUGGUGAAGGUACGCUAACUGCAAAUAUUCCGUCCAUAGUUCCGUCCGAAGAAGAACGGUGUCCCAUGCAGGGACACGCUGUGUUGUACAAGUCCAGAUGAUGCUUAACGAGACGAAGCGCGCUGUCGAAUGAGGUGAAAAGUCGUUCAGGUGUUCGGGGCGAGAUUUUGGCUUAAGGCCUUCUUCUUGUCCGGACAUUGUAUGCUUUUACUGCGCUGUGCAUCCAGCGAUACGAUUGUGUCAUAUGAUCGGGCUGUGGCCGAGGGUCGUGCAAUAUACACCC